AAGUAGAACACGCAAAUGGUAGCUACUAGUAAGUAUGAAAACAAUGCAAUGUUCCAUGUUUACGAGUAGGAAAAAGAGACAUCAUUAUCAUCCCCUUCCGUUUCCAAAACCAAAACUCUUAUGGAAAUGCCAUCAGAAGAGGAAAAAGCAGGAAAGACUAAGCAGUCGCAUGAAAAGGAUAAGGUCGGAUAUGAAAGAAAUAAGUGAAGAACAAGAAGAGAUCAAAGAGAAGCAAAGACAAGAAAGAGAAAAAUUUGAAGCCAUUCAAUUAGAAUGUGAGGAACUUAAAAACCAGACAAUCCUCAUAGCACAACAAACUGCGAGCACCCAAAUUCGUCUUGCUCUAAUGUUGCAAAUCUUGAAAGCAAGAGAAAACCUAGAGUUCGACAAGGCAGUCAUGCUCACUAAUGCUCUCCGUGAAGUGAUAGCGAGACAAUAGUAGGAAAUGGAUGCAUCGGAAAAUGAUGGUUGGAGUUGGAGACGAGCUCUAUUGUCAUUUACUUUCUGUUUAUGUUUGUCAGCAAUUUCAUCUAACCUCAAAUCCCAUGUAAUGGUAUAUUGCAACUCUUAACUUUAAUUUAGUUUGCAUUUGCAAUAAAUUUGCACUUAAACAUUGUCAUUCAAAAAUAUUUGUCACUCUUUGUAUUUGGUGGUGCAGCAUUUUUCGUCACAGCGUUCAUAGCAAUGAUGAUAUAUUACUUUUGUCAUGUA